UUAAUCCAAACAAAGACUCACUUCUGUGUUGCUCAGCUGUAUUGUAUCUUGGCUUAUAAACGAGUCGCGAAUUUUUAUUCAACGCUGUAUUUAUUUAUUCUCUGAUUUUUAAAUUGGCUUUGUAAUUUGAGUGCAUUGACACUUCGUGAUAACGUACAUCGAAGUUCCGCAUCACAUAACUCCAGUGAACUCUGUUCAGCAUAUCGGGAAGUGACACGAAAUACUCAUUCAUUGCGACCAUAAAACAAGCUGAUAUUGGUUUUAGCAUUUGCCUGCAACUGUAUGCAAAUAAUUCUCGUUAUUUUGCCGAGAGGUCAGACGUUGAAAUAUGGCAGGAAAAAUCGACGAACUCGCUGAAAAGUUUAAGAAUUUAAAGCAAGCAGCAUUACAGAAAGGUUGCAAGGAAGAAGAUGUUCUUCGUUUAUUUUUAAAAGAAUCUGGAAGGAUUCAAGCGAAGAAAGAGCCUUCGUAUAAAAAAUACAAACUCUAUUUUGUUGCCUUAGUAAUUCCGCUGUUCCUAGCGGGAUUUGGCUACUAUUUUUUCUCGGAUAUCUUCGACGAGACCUCUCCUUGCUCGAUUGAAAAUAGCAUAUUUGUGCUCGAAGCAGCGCGGCCCGUAGCCGACUGUCAAAUGUGCAAAGAUCUCACCGAAGUACCUAAGUUGUCUGGUCUCUCUCCAGAACAAUUUGUACAGAAAUUCGCCUACAGCGGUCGGCCUCUUGUUGUCACAGAUGCGACAAAAACAUGGUCGGCAAUGCAAGAAUUCUCCUACGAAUACUUCCGAAAGCUGUACACAGAAAGCGAGACAGCACUGAAUUCUACCGAAGAAGAGUGUCAAUUCUUCCCGUAUCAGACAGAAUUUCAUUCCCUACGAGAUGUGUUUAGAAUGUCAAAAGCAAGAUCGCAGUUCAAGGCAGAACCCUGGUACAUUGGCUGGAGUAAUUGCGACAGCCAAGUAAGAUCUGAGCUGCGAAAACACUACAGUAAACCAUAUUUCAUCCCCUCGGAUUCAGAGCACAGCGAGACGGAUUGGAUAUUUAUGGGAGGCGUGGGGCCUGGUGCUAAUAUACACUUGGACAAUGUGGAGAGACCGUCCUGGCAAGCUCAGCUUUCAGGCCGAAAGACCUGGAGUCUUUACCCACCUCCAGAAUGCGAAAGUGUCUGUCAACCCAUGUUGAAUGUCACCAUUGAAAAGGGUGAGAUAGUCGUGAUUGACACGAAUACUUGGUAUCAUGCCACGACCGUUGAACCUGGUGAAAUCAGUAUUACAAUCGGAUCAGAAUAUGAUUAAAAAACCCCGAUGAUAAAAUCUAACUUAUGAAUUCAUUCUGUAGUUGAUAGAAUGUCUGUUUUAAAAUGAGGUUGAUGUACAGUAUAAUUAGUCGUGCAAAGAUGUGACAUUUCAAAUGGGAUGCUUUGAGCAAAAUAGGGUCAUUUAUCUUCAAGCAAACUAAACGAAGGUUGUCAGCGAACAUACACACAGAUUUCCGCCCGAAAUUUUCGUGUUAAAUCCAGUGACACAAUUCUUUAUUACCUUGAUAACCUUUUGAAAAGAGCAGGCAUAUGUUAUAUUGUAUUUCCAUCGUGUUUUAUAUAUAUUUAAUUCUAACUAUGUUUAGAUGACAGAAGUGAUGUAAUGCAUGAUUGUAUAUUUAUCUUCACAUGGAAACAGUUAAAUGCAAUGUUUAUUUUGUGCUGGGCAAAUGGAACGCUUAUUUAAAGCGGACAUGUAUGUAUGUAUGUAUGCGCGUGCAGAAAAUAAAAAAACCCCGUAA